AUGUGGCUUUCAGUGUCAGAGGGAUCUAACUCGACCUUUUAUAACCCAAUAAUCCCAGGGUUUCAUCCAGAUCCUAGCUGUAUAUUUGUCCCUGAGUGGAAUGAUACCUUCUUCUGCGCAUCCUCUAGUUUCAAUGCAUUCCCGGGUAUACCACUCCAUGCUAGUAGAGACUUGCAGAAUUGGAAGCUAGUCGGUAUGUUUCAAUGA